GGACGAAACCGAAGGUGGGAGGAUAAUGGAUGGUCGUGUCUCCUAUAAAUACAUUUCUUGGUUCAUGACGUCCGAGGCGGUGGCGUACGCCCAAGGCGGCAGCCACGCGAGUGGUGUGACGGCAUCGACCAGCACCGCGUCCUCCUCCUCGGACAUUGCUGCCGUGAGUCCGUCCUCGAAAAAGAAGAAGAAGAAGCGCGCCGCGAAACUGCGACCUCAGACCGUCGAAGAGGUGUUCUCGACGUUGUCCACGCUCAAAGCCAACGGCAUCAACCCCCCGCCCGAGAAGAUCGUGCUCACCCCGCGGUCCGCGGACGCAUGUCUUCGGACUGGUGUGAACCCCGAGACGCUGAAGAUCCGGGACCUGGAGUCGUUUGGGGACAACGGCGUGUCGCCCGCGGUGCAGAAGAUGCGACACGAGGCGUACAGCAUGCGUCGGCACGACCAAAUGAAGCUGGUGCGGGCUGAGAAGAAGAAGAUUCUGGCCGAGGAGGACUUGGCCACCGAAGAGGUCCACGGCUUUCGCAGCUACCGAGGACCCAACCAUCGGUCGCCGUCGACGUCGCCCAAGAAAGACAGUCCGGACAAGGCGGCGUUAAGCAUGAUUGAAGUGGAGCAACGGCGGCUGGAAAAGGUGCAGUUCCGCCAGCAACGCGAGAUCGAACAAAUGCUCGAGUUUGAAAUGAAACGGAACCGGAUGGCCGAAGAGGCCUCGGCCAAGCUGGUGCGAGAAAAGGAGCUGCACGAUGCGAUGGAAGCGGAGAAGGUGCAGCGGCUCAAGGAGCUGGCCGAGUUGAAGCGCAUGAAGGAGAUCCAAAAGAAGGCGCAGGAGGACGCGGCCGAAGAACGGAGGCGGCAAGUCGCGGCGCAAAUGUUUCAACGGGACAAGGAACUGUCCGACCAAAAGGCUCGCCAAGACCGGUUGCGCAAGAUCGAAAUGAAAAUGCGCGAGGAAGAACGCAAGAAGAAGGCCGAGGAGCAUCGGGUCAAGACCGAGAUGAUCAUGGCGCGGCAGCAGGCGGAGAUCCAAGCGCGGCUGCAGGAGCUGACGGUCGCCGAGGAGACCCGCAACCGCAUGAUGGAGGAGCAGCGCGAACAGCGCACGUUGGAGAUGGAGGAGCGCCGGGAGGUGGUGACCAAGCGCAUCAACAAGAACCUCAAGCAGGCGCGGCGGGUUGAAAUCGAACGCAAGCGGGAGAUUCGACACAAGCAGCGCCAGUCCGAGCUGUUGCGGGCGCAAAUGAAGGAAGAGCAGGACCGACAGCGCGAGUUGGCGCACCAGGAGAUGGAGCUCAUGGAGCGGAAGCGACAAAUGGUGCUGGAAGAAGCCCGCCGCGAAGACGAGCGCAAGAAGCACAUGCUGUUGGAAAAACAGCGCGAAGUGGACGAGAACGUGCAGAGCGUCCAAGAAGCCCAUAGCCGUGAGCUGUAUUUGCGACGGGAGCAGCGGUCGAUCCAUAAACAACUCAAGCUGAGCAACGUGGACCGCAUGAAGCGCAUUCAAGAGUACAAACGGCUGGAAACACUACGUAAGAUCCGGGAGGCGGAGGAGCGGACCGAGUCGAUGCUACAGCAAAAGGUGGACCUGGUGCGGCAGCGUAAACAAGCCAGCGUACGGUCCAAGAUCCAACGAGACGCGAUUGUCGAGACGAUGGAAUUGGUCAAAAUCACCAAGAAGUGGAAAAAAGCCAGCAAACGGAUCGACCAAGUGCUGGGCUGUUCCAAACCGAAAAAGAAGAAACGCCCUGUGAGCAGCGACGGGGGUAGCAUGGCCAGAGGGGGCGUGGGGGACGUCCUACCCACCCUGCAACAUCAUCGGGCACAGACCCCCCAAGAGUCGUCAUUCCGACCGGCGAGCCCCCCCCCGACAAAGUCGGCGUUCAAACACGUCAAGGACGAGGGGGGCAAAGUGACCGUGGAGCCGUCCCCGUUCCGGUCGCCAUAUGACGAAGUUCCGAGCUUGAUCCAGAAAAAGUCGAGUAUCAAACCCUCCAAGCACACGACGUCCGCCGUGUUUUAAUUUAACAUUAUAGUACUACUACACAUGGCACAACGUGAUCGCAGUGCUAACCCCA